AGAAAAUUUACAAGCAGAAGCAUAAAAUUUUCUUUUUCAAGUUUUAAAUAAAAUACAUCAAAUCUAAUCUAAAUUUAUACACAACUUUAUUGAGAAACGAACGAUAAACAACAAUGUCUGAUUCACCAGUAAAGAAAGGAAGAGGCCGUCCUGCAAAGGCAAAGGUUGAGGAAACAGCGUCACCCAAAGCAGCAAAGAAGGAAGAGAAGAAAGUUGAAGAAGUCGCUCCAAAGAAGGUUGAGGAAAGCACUAAACCAGAGAAUGGAGCAGCACCUAAAAAAGGACGAGGGCGUCCUAGCAAAGGCGAUAAAGCAGCCCCAAAACGACCAGCCAGUGGAAAAGGUCGAGGUCGUCCCGCCAAAGCUAAAAAGGUAGAAGUCGAUGAUGCUGAAGAAGGAAACAGUUCGGAUUAAUUAAUUCGUAAAGUCAUAUAAAUUUAAACUCAAAACACAAUACAAAAACAAAUCUAAAAUAAAUGUAGAAAGUGUUUUCUUAAUACAAAAAAAACAAAUUUGGAAAACUAUUCUCCAUAUUAAUAAUUAUAAUAAUAAUAUCCAUAUUAUGAACCAUUUAGUAAGUUUAAGUAAUGCAUUUUUUAUUUCGUAAAUUUAAAAUUCAUGUAAUUUUCUUAAAAGAGUAAAUAAUACAUACAAAGGAUUUAUUUAAAAAUGUAACUUUAAAACAAGAACCGCA